AUGAGCUCAUUUCCCAAACGCGAAUGGUACAAGCUCGCGACUUCACUCGCCACGGCAGCUCGUAUGGGUAUGAAGAUGAUCGCCGUCGCUCCCCCUCGAGGAGACAAGUCGUACGCAAAGAACAGAGCGGACACGAUCGAAGCGAUCGAAUUGGCGAAUUCGGCGGCGGUCACCAUGAAGGGAUUGAGGUGUCUCAUUCCAAGUACGGAAUCGCCACAAGAACCCUCACACGGACCCGGAGCUCAUCCAAGAAGGUCCAGCGCAGAAGCAUAUUCAAAAGAAGUCAUACAGGAAUACUACGAAGCGUUGAGGACCUAUGUGAAAGAGGAAGUGGAAUUGCCUCCAUUGCAAUCUGCUCCGAGAAGCCGUUCAUCUCGGACUCGUCUCUAUUUCAAGCAGAAGGAACAGAUCAAUGGAUGA